AUGAGCAUUUUCCGAAUCCUGAUGAAAAAGAAGGAACUCAUUCCUUUGGCGCUGAUCAUGACGGUGGCAGCGAGCGGGGCGUCAUCCUUUGCUGUGUAUUCCCUGAACAAAAAGUCCGAUGUGAUCAUUGAUCGGAAGAGAAAUCCAGAACCUUGGGAAAAUGUGGAUCCCACUGUGCCUAGAAAGCUUAUAACAAUCAACCAACAAUGGAAACCCAUUGAAGAGUUGCAGAAGGUCCGAAGGGCAACCAGAUGA